AUGUCUAACAACUUUGAGGAUGAGGACGCUCCUCCGGAGUUGAUUGAUGUGUCUGCCAUGCCGGCAGAUCAGAGAUCUGUAGAUGAAGCCCCAACAGCUCGAUACCUGGGCGCAGGAAAAACAACCCUGUUGAAUUACAUCCUCACAGAGAAACAUGGCAAGAAAAUUGCGGUCAUCAUGAAUGAAUUUGGCGAUUCAACCGACAUCGAGAAACAACCAAUGUCAGUAAACCAGGACGGCCAGGAAGUAACCGAAUGGAUGGAAGUCGGCAACGGCUGCAUCUGCUGCUCAGUGAAAGACUCAGGCGUAAUGGCCAUCGAAUCCCUAAUGGAACGCCGCGGCACAUUCGACUACAUCCUACUAGAAACAACAGGCCUAGCAGACCCAGGCAACAUCGCCCCGAUCUUCUGGAUGGACGAAGGGCUCGGAAGCUCCAUUUACCUAGAUGGGAUUGUCACUCUCGUCGACGCAAAGAAUAUCAUGCAUUUGCUGGACGAGCCUGCGGCCGAGGAGAAGGCCGAGUCGCAUGACCAGUAUCAUGACCAUGGUUCUGGGCCUGUGUUGUCGAUGGCUCAUAUGCAGAUCUCGCAUGCUGAUGUUGUCAUCCUCAACAAGGCGGAUCUUGUUACGGCCGAGGAAUUGGAUGCCGUGCAGGAUCGUGUUACAUCUAUUAACAGCGUGGCUAAGAUUCAUGUCACGGAUCAUAGUCGCACGCCGCAGAUUGAAGGUGUUGUGCUGGACCUGCAUGCUUACGACCACCUGGCGGAUUUGGAUUUCAGUAAAAAGGGUCAUAGCCAUAUGGAUCCGGCAAUUUCCACCACUGCUAUUGUCACACCACCAAUCCCAGCUGAUAAAGUCGACUGUGUUGAUGCCUGGCUGCGUUCUGUUCUAUGGGAGUCCACGUUCCCUGCACCUGCAAAGCCAGUCUCAUCCGAGCCACAUCCCAAUGACUUCGAGAUCCAUCGGUUAAAGGGAAUUCUGAUUUUAAAUGAUGGUACAAGUCGGAUCAUCCAGGCCGUGCGGGAUGUAUUCGAAAUCCGGGAUGCGGAGCCAGUUGAACAUGACAAAGAAAGGACCCAGCCACUUCAGUGCAAGAUCGUAUUGAUUGGACGAGGACUUGGGUCAAGCGUAGACCCCUGGCGCGAGAGCUUUGAAUCAUGCGUGGCGGGCAAUUGA